CCCCUCCCCCCCCCCCUUUCCCCCGCUGAGCCUCGCGCCGCGCGCCUCAGCGCGCCUCGCGCCAUGGCUCUCAGCCGCCCCGUGGCGCUGCCGGAUCUGAGCCGCGCCGCCGUGGUGGCCGGGGCGGCGCUGGUCAGCGCGGCGGCGCUGGUGCAGUAUAUGCAGAAGCCUCCCAAGACCAUCACCCAGGUGGGUGCAGAGGAGGGCAUCCUCGGCAUUCUGCCGCGUUUGGCGCGGGCAGUCGCGAACUAUACCUUCCUGCAAGACCUCAAAGAGAUCCAUGACGAGAAGGGCACCACCGUUUACCUGCAUUUCGGUAUUCUGAGGUAUUUUGUGAACCCGCUGAUUCUCACACGUGACCCGCGCAACGUGGAGCACAUGCUGAAGAAGAACUUUGACAACUACCCCAAAGGCGAGAUCUUCAACAACAUCGCCCACGAGAUGUUGGGCAACGGCAUCUUCAACGCGGACGGUGAGACCUGGUUGGUGCAGAGAAAGACCGCAGCGCAGAUGUUUACCGCCAGCCGCUUCAAGAAGCACAUCUGGCAGGUCAUGCAGAAGAACUGCGGCAAGGUGAUGGGCCUUCUGAAAGCCACUGCCGGAGAGGAGGUGAACAUGUUCAACCUCAUGAACCGUUUCACCUUGGACUCCAUCGGGGAGAUCGGCUUCGGCGCGGACAUCGGGUCCCUGGAGGAUCCCAGCAGCCCCUUUCUGAAUUCCUUCGACGACGCCCAGCGAGUACUGUUGAGGCGGUUCAUCAUGCCGGGCUGGAAAGUCCUGCGCUUCUUCGGCCUCGGCUUUGAGCGGAGCUUCAGCUUCCACGUGAAGCUCCUCCGCAGGAAAAGUCGGCAGCUGGUGCGGGACUUGCGCCAGAAGUUGGAGACGCAGUCCGCGGACACUGCCGGGGACAGCUUCGUGGGUCUCUUCAUGGAAUCUGGCGAGUUCUCCGAGGAGUUCCUGUCGGAUCUGGUGCUGAACUUCCUCCUUGCAGGGCGCGACACCACCGCGCAGGCGAUGACCUGGUGCCUGUUCCUCCUCACCCAGCAUCCUGAGGUGGAGGCGAAGAUCCUGGAGGAGGUCAGCGGCAUUUGCCAAGGGCCCCUCGAGUACGAUCAGCUGAACAAGAUGAAGUACCUGGAGGCAGUGCUGAGCGAAAGCUUGCGGCUGUACCCUUCCGUGCCCAUCGAUGGCAAGAUGGUCUUGGAGGACGACACCUUGCCAGAUGGCAGCAAAGUGCCGAAGGGCGCUUUGCUUCUGUACUCCGCUUACGCCAUGGGGCGGUGGUCGGAGAUUUGGGGCGAGGACUGUGACAGCUUCCGCCCGGAGCGGUGGCUGGAUGCCAGCCCCAAGACCUCCUACGAGAACCCGGUCUUUCACGCGGGCCCCAGAGAGUGCCUUGGGAAGCGACUGGCCAUGGUGGAGAUGAAGUGCGUCAUCAGCACCUUGCUGCGGGCCUACAAGUUUGAGCUGGCCAUGCCCGCCAGCGAGGUGAAGCCGGACGCCCAAGUCACCAUCGGCAUGUCCAGCGGCCUCCGGUGCCGGCUCACGCCCCGGGCCUGAAGGGCCGGGCCGCGCAUGGCGCGCAUGGAACCGCCAGGCCCGCCUGGCCCCAGCGGCCUACAGCCCGCAGCGAGCGGCAAACAUUCAGCGGCGCUGAGCUAAGCGCGAGGGCGAAAAGGCAAGAAAAGUGUGGAAGUUGUUGCGCUG